CCCUGUAUUGAGGUAACGACAUUCAUACAGAAUUCUGAGAGCCUUGGAUCUUAAUUGAGAGUAUUGGGAUCUUGAUCCAUGGUUUUUUCCCGUCUUAAGUUUCCACGUAAAAUCCAUGUGUUCUUGUUUGUUUUAUUUAUAUCAUCUUGUGAUCAAUUGACAACAAACUGUAUACACAUUCUUUUAUGACUGCUGGUCUACAUUGUUAAUUGACAUUAUUUCUGCUACACAUAAUUAUAGAGAGCUUCUAUUGGAAUACUGUGAAAGAACUCGAAAUCUAGUAAGGAAAUUGGUGAAAGGAAUAUCAGAAAGCCUUGGACUUGAAGAAUACGAAAUGGUAAAGACAUUAAACUUGGACUCAAGUUUACAGAUCUUAGUUGCAAAUUAUUAUCCACCGUGCCCUCAGCCUCAACUUGCACUGGGCAUGCCACCACAUUCAGAUCAUGGACUUUUCACUCUACUCAUAGAGAAUCAAGUGGGAGGUCUCCAAAUACAACGCAACGGAGAGUGGUUUAAUGUCAAUGCUCUUCCCAACUCAAUUCUAGUCAACACGGGAGAUCAUCUCGAGAUAUUUAGCAAUGGAAAAUACAAGAGUGUGUUGCACAAAGCAACUGUGAAUAACAAGAAUACAAGAAUUUCUAUUGCCAUGGCCAACGGUCCAUCAUUGAACACUAUUGUUUCCCCUUCUUCAAAGUUGGUAGAGAAUGAAGGAUGUGAACCUGCAUAUAUUCCAAUGAAGUACAAGGAUUAUUUAUUUUCGCAACAAAAUAAUCCGCUUGAUGGGAAAUCGAUGUUGAAUCGUGUGAAAAUUCAAAACAACUAGGUCUCUUAGCAAUUGUUGCCAAGUACAAUAUUUGAUUUGAUAAAAACUUGUAUUUGAGUGUGUGUGGAUGAUUGACAAGGGCAAUUUUAAUAGAUUACUGGAUGAUUCCAUCUCUUCUUUUACA